GGCCUCAGUCACGUGCCGGGCGGGAGGGGCCGGUGACGCGGGGCUCGCUGUGUCGCCGGCCGCGCCGGUGGCAGCGGGCCGGGCCGGGGAGGCACCAUGGCGGUGAACUACAGCGCCAAGGAUGAGGCGGACGGACACCCCUCGGGCGGCGUCGGGGUGCCGGGCGGCGGGGCGGUGGGCGGCGGCAGCGGCGGGGCCGUGAAGACCCGCAAGCCCGACAACACGGCGUUCAAGCAGCAGCGGCUACCGGCCUGGCAGCCUAUCCUGACGGCGGGCACGGUGUUGCCGGCCUUUUUCAUCAUUGGCCUAAUCUUCAUCCCCAUCGGCAUCGGCAUCUUUGUCACCUCCAACAACAUCCGCGAGUACGAGAUUGACUAUACAGGAACAGAGCCUUCUAGUCCCUGCAACAAGUGUUUAAAUGUGUCCUGGGACAGCACACCACCUUGUACUUGCAUCAUCAAUUUCACACUGGAACAUUCAUUUGAGAGCAAUGUAUUCAUGUAUUAUGGACUUUCCAACUUCUAUCAAAACCAUCGUCGUUAUGUGAAAUCUCGAGAUGACAGCCAGCUAAAUGGAGAUAACAGUUCACUACUUAACCCAAGUAAGGAAUGUGAGCCUUACCGCACAAAUGAGGACAAACCCAUUGCUCCUUGUGGAGCUAUUGCCAACAGUAUGUUUAAUGAUACACUGGAAUUAUACCGCAUUGAUAAUGACACAAAGACUCCUAUUACUUUGAUUAAAAAAGGCAUUGCGUGGUGGACAGAUAAAAAUGUAAAGUUCAGGAAUCCUACAGGAGAUGGAAAUAACUUAACGGCACUUUUCCAAGGCACAACAAAACCUGUAAACUGGCCCAAGCCAGUCUAUAUGCUGGACACAGAGCCCGACAACAAUGGCUUUAUCAACGAAGACUUCAUUGUGUGGAUGCGUACUGCGGCUCUGCCAACAUUUCGCAAGCUAUAUCGUCUCAUUGAAAGGAAGAAUAAUUUACAGCCUACCUUGCAGGCUGGAAAAUAUUCUUUGCAUAUCGGAUACAAUUAUCCUGUACACAGUUUUGAUGGACGAAAAAGAAUGAUCCUAAGCACCAUCUCGUGGAUGGGAGGCAAAAAUCCCUUCCUGGGAAUUGCUUAUAUCACUGUUGGGUCCAUAUGCUUCUUCUUAGGAGUUGUGUUGCUGAUUAUCCAUCACAAAUAUGGAAAUCGAAACACUAGUGCAGACAUUCCCAAUUAAUCUUGCAUUCUGAAAACAAAUGUACUGCAUGUGCAUCAAGGCCAGUCCAGAAUGGACCCAGUUUUUGAAAGAUCAGUCUCUGCCUCUGUCACUUCUGAGGCUGGGUACAUAAUUUUUAUCUAAAGCUCCCCUUUCCCAUACUGUGGAUUCACUCUUGACUGGUAUACAAUUAGCUAGAUCGAUUGUAUCUCUGCCUAUGUCAGAAACAAUUUUUCUGAUAUUUGCCUCUAACUGGGCGGGCCACAUGAUGCAUAUAGCUCCUGUUCCCUUGAUGCAUCUGCUGCUUGUUCAUGUGCUGUGUAAUAUUGGUAUGAUUCAGUACAUACAGAUUGUGUGGAGAAAGGCUGUUCUAAGAUACUGUAAAUUGUUAACCUUCCAGAAUUCAGGUGUCAGUGCUGUUGAAAGGAGAAGUGAAGUCUUAAAUGUUUUUUUCAAUUAACUGUCUCGUGUGCAUGGGCUCUUAUAUUUCUUGCUGAGAUUUUAAUAUAUUUAUAGAAGUUGUUAAAUAUUUUUCCUGCGUCCUACCCACCUCUGUUAUGUUAUAUCCUCUAAGUGCUGCGUAAAUUUCAGCACUCUGGAUUCUUUGUAUAUUUACAAUAUAUGUGCCUGGCCAGUAAACAAGCAUCUUAUGAAGCUAUCAAAAAACCCAUUGGUUAAUGAUCUAUGUGAGUCCCUUUUAAAGUUUGUUCUAAAUUAGGAAAUGCUUGUUGCAGGUAGAAUCUGCUUUUCUCUAGUUUUAUUUGCUUUAACUCAUAUCCAAUACCAGUUUACCUGUUGUGCUUGCUGGUUUUGCUUUUUAUGAGCAGCUCCAAGCAUUAAUCAAGAAGAACCUUAUUUUUUAAUUAUUAUUAUUUUUAGUUUUGUGGGGGUUUUUUUUCUUUUGUUUUGUUUUUUUUUUUUUUCAUUCACAAAUUGGGCAGAAUUUCUUUUACUGGAGGAGUUUCCUGAUUUUCUUGAGGCAUGUGUAUUCUGAGCAGGCUUUGUUGUAAAGGAAUUGUCAUAUACUUUUUCCUUAUUUGGAGUAAACAUCACUUUAAAUUUUUGCAGUGUUAAGACAGUAAACUGUAGAAAUUCGAAAGCUGGAUGGCAGUAACAUCUUCCAAUUGAAAUGCAGUUUGAGCUUGCUGUGAAACCUAAUUUAAGUAUUGCAGUUAGAAGCGUUGUGCAGGUUAGUGUCUUAAAGCAAAUCACAGAAGGGUUCACUUUUAGGUUCAUUCAAAGUUAACGGCAACCUGUAAAAUACUACUUUUUGGUGAGGUUUUGUUUUGUUUUUUUUUUUUUUUUAGAUGAUGCACAAAAAUUGUAAUGUAUAUGGUGGAGAUCACUUUAUAUGCAACUAGCUUGAUAAAGUAUUGAGCAUAUUAAAAAAGACCUAAUAAAAUCUGCAAACUGUUUAAUAAGA